AUGUCAGAAGAAGGUGAUUCGUCUAAUCGUAAGGAAGAGAAAAAACUGCAAACGAUGCAGUCAAGUACAGGAAUAUCUGGGCACCAGAAUAUUCAACUUACCUUGCCGACAAAUUUGGAGUAUUUCCAACCCCAAAAAGGCACGUGGAGUCGAUGGCUGAUGCGACUUGAGGAAAAUUUUGAAUUCUUUGGAAUUACUGCAGAGGAUAGCCAGAAGAGAAUGUUGACGCAGUACAUGGGCUGCGAGGCUUACGAUAAGCUGUGUGACAGAAUCGCCCCAAGAGUUCCGAGGAACCUAACCUACAAGGAGAUUGCAGAUCUGCUGCAGAAGUACUACGAUCCACCUCCACAAGAAAUUAUAGAGGUUUAUAAGUUCCAGAAACGGGAGCAAAAUGAAGGGGAGUCUUGUGAUGAUUAUUUGGCUGCGCUGCGCAAACUGGCUGUCAAUUGCAACUUUGGAUGCAGUGAAUGUGAUUUCCUUCUGAAAGCGUUGAGAAAUCAAUUCGUGAUUGGGUUGAGAAAUAAGGCAAUUCAAAAGCGCCUGUUCGAGAAAAAGGAUUUGACACUGGACCAUGCUGUGGAGAUAGCAAAAGCCAUGGAGUCAUCCGAAGAAGGACAGGAAGUUGUAGCCGGCAAGCAGAAGAUGGACGUCAAUAAGGUCGCCGAAGCGGAGAAGAAGCUGCCAGAGAACAAUGUUCCAGAGAAAGAAGAGGAACAGGGUAAGCCGCCCAUCAGGAGAUGCUAUCGUUGCGGAGUGAGUACCCAUUUGGCCAAUAAGUGCCCUCAGAAAGAUGCUAUUAUUUGUUACGCGUGCAACAAGAAAGGCCACAUGGCGAAAUUCUGUCUCACCACCGGAAAGAAGGAGCAGAAGGGAGGAGAAAAACUCAAUAAAGUUGAAGAUUUAAUGUAUCAAGAGAGUAAAUUUGUAGGGAAAGUUUGGUUAGGUGUCAAGGUGGGUGGAAGAGACAUGAAUUUCGAGGUAGACAGUGGAUCUCCGAUAUCCAUUAUAAGUUCUCAUGAUAAAGAUACCCUUUUUCCAAAGGCGGAAAUUUUUCCUACAAGUAGGAAUUUUGUCGGGUAUAAUAAUUCAGAGAUUGAUGUGUUGGGUUAUGUGAAGGCUACCGUGGAAGUGAGGGGACGUGUCCUUCGAGACAUGAAUUUGUACAUUGCUCUGGGUUCUAAGAAAGCACCUCUGUUGGGCAGGGAAUGGAUACGAAGACUUAACUGGCUUAACUGGAAUCAAGUAAUGUCGAUUCAUAAGGUCUCAGAGAAUAUUAAACUUGAUGAAGAGAUUGUAAAUCUGAAAAGGGAUUUUAAAAACGUAUUUGACGAUUCCUUGGGAAAGAUAGUGGGGAUUAAAGCGGAACUUAAACUUAAAGAUGAUGCGAAGCCAGUGUUUUUGAAAGCAAGGGGUGUACCAUUUGCAAGAAAAGAAGCAGUCGGGCGUGAGAUUGAUAAAUUGGUGGAAGAAGGGGUUUUUGUGAAAGUAAAUCAAAGUCCUUGGGCGACACCAAUAGUUGUAGUUCCAAAAGCUUCUGGGAAAUUGCGCCUUUGUGGUGAUUAUAGCACUACUCUUAAUCCAAAUCUCGUCAUAGACAGGCACCCAUUGCCAACGGUUGAGGAGCUUUUCUGUGAUAUGGCAGGGGGAGAAAAGUUUUCCAAAUUAGACUUAACCCAGGCUUACAUGCAAUUAGAAGUUCGGGAGGAAGAUCAAGAGAUGUUAACGGUGAAUACCCACAAAGGGCUUUACAGACCUACUCGAAUGAUGUACGGAGUAUCAUCUGCGGUUGCAAUUUGGCAGAGAGUUAUGGAAACAUUGUUGCAAGAUGUUCCGGGUGUCAAAGUGUUCCUUGAUGAUAUUCGUAUCACAGGGUCAAACGAUCAGGAGCAUUUGACAAGACUUAGGGAAGUCUUGAAAAGAUUAAAUCCUAAAAAGAUUGAAGCGUUAGAAGGGAUGCCACGACCCAAGAAUCGCGAUGAAGUCAGAGCCUAUGUUGGCUUUAUCAAUUAUUAUGGAAGAUUUUUUGAAAAUUUAAGCACAAAGUUGUACCCGAUUAAUAAUCUCCUUAAAGAAGACAGUGAUUCGGGAAUUAAAUGGGAUUCCGAUUGUGAGAAAGCUUUUCAGGGAAUGAGAGAUGAAAUGAGGAAAGAAGUUUUUCUGGGUCAUUAUGACCCAAAGGAACAAAAGGCUGCUGCUCAUGGAAACGCAGACGGACUAUCGCGUUUGCCACUACCUAAGACUUCAGAAUACGAAACGGAUGAUCCGGAAAUUGUUCAAUUGAAUUCGAUCAAUACAUUACCUGUGACUUUGUCAGAAAUUCAGCAUGAGACUAAGAUAGAUAAGGAAGUUAAGAAGCUGAUUGAGGGCCUUAAAUUGGGGAAAGUUAUUUCCAAGGAAGAUCGGUUCAAUAUAAAUAUGGAGGAAUUUUCUUUUAAGCAGGGCUGCUUGGUCAGGGGGGAAAGAACAUAUAUUCCGGGCAAGUUGAGAAAUGUAAUACUUCAGGAGUUGCAUGAUGGGCAUGUGGGUAUGACGAAGAUGAAGAUGAUGGCGAGAAGUUAUUGCUGGUGGGUCGGAAUUGACAGAGACAUAGAGAAAUUGGUGAGCAACUGCACAAAUUGCCAAGAGAAUCGGGCAAACCCGUCUAAAGUUCCAGUCCAUACAUGGGAAUCAGCAACUAAACCAUUUGAGAGGGUACACAUUGACUAUGCGGGGCCAGUGUAUGGGAAAUGGUUGCUAAUAGUUGUGGAUUCAUAUUCGAAGUGGCCUGAGGUAGUCAGUGUUACAGACCAGACGACUGAAACUACUAUUACAGAGUUACGAAAAAUUUUUUCUACACAUGGCCUACCAGAAGUGAUUGUAUCUGAUCAAGGCAGGCAGUUUAUGAGCUGCGAAUUUAAAGAGUUUUGUAAAAACAAUGGAAUUGUGCACAAAACGGGUGCUCCUUACCAUCCAGCUACAAACGGGCAAGCUGAGCGUGAGCCAGAUCUGUUAGAAGUGUCCGAUUCCGAUUCUCAAUCAGAGGACGAAGUUUUCGAAGAUGCUGUAGAUGAUCCCAGCUCUAGUACAAAUGAAGUGUCUCUCGAAACAGGUCCGUUACCCUCGCACCCGGAACCUUUGCGUAGAUCCAAAAGGACUAUUAGGCCACCUGAUCGACUUAACCUCUAG